GCUCGUGAAGUCAUCAGUAUUGUUGUUCCUCAUCCUGGUGUGCAUGAAUGUGUCCAGUAUUGGAGAGUUGUGGGAUAGUUUGGCAUUAGGCUGACCUCAUGUUUUCAGUCCAGUACAGUGAUAAGACAUUUGUUCCGUCCAUGUCGAGACAUUGGACCUGCUAAAUGUAUUUCCCGGGAGGCGUCUUGCUUGUGUUUUCACGUUACAACGGGAAGCUAGCAGCUAGCUUCAGCUGCUAAAUAACAGCUGAGGCAGACUCGCACAGGAUACUGUCAUCUGCAAGCAAAACGGAGUAGUUAAACUUUGUUAUUUAUAUAAUUCUCUGGAGUAAAGUUGUCUUGACAAAGGUCUAUGAUGGGCAUGAGCAAUCGAAUAGAGUGCAUAUUUUUCAGUGAGUUUCACCCCACUCUGGGUCCAAAGAUAACAUAUCAGGUCCCAGAGGAAUACAUUUCGCGGGAGCUCUUUGACACAGUUCAGGUUUAUAUCAUCACCAAGCCAGAACUGCAAAAUAAAUUAAUAACAGUCACUGCCAUGGGAAAAAAGUUAAUCGGGUGUCCUGUGUGCAUCGAACAUAAAAAGUACAGCCGAAAUGCCCUCCUGUUUAACCUGGGCCUCGUUUGUGAUGCCCAGACCAACACUUGUGCCCUCGAGCCGAUUGUCAAGAAGUUGUCUGGGUAUCUCACAACUCUGGAGCUGGAGAGUGGCUUUAUAUCCAAUGAGGAGAGCAAGCAGAAACUGUUACCCAUUAUGUCAACCUUGUUGGAAGAACUUAAUGCCACAGGAGCCUGCACGUUACCAAUUGAUGAGUCUAAUACCAUUCAUCUAAAGCUGAUCCAGCUGCGAAAGGACCCUCCAAUUGUGCAGGAGUAUGAUGUUCCUGUCUUCACCCAGUGCAAAGACCAUUUUAUCAAAUCGCAGUGGGAUCUUACCACUCAACAGAUCCUGCCCUAUAUCGAUGGAUUUAGACACAUCCAGAAGAUCUCUGCUGAAGCGGAUGUAGAGCUGAAUCUUGUUCGCAUUGCUGUGCAGAACCUCCUUUACUAUGGUGUGGUGACCUUGGUGUCCAUUUUUCAGUACUCUAACGUGUAUUGCACCACACCCAAAGUCCAGAGCCUCAUCGAUGACAAGUCCGUUCAGGAGGAGUGCCUCAGCUACGUCACCAAGCAGGGUCAGAAGCGUGCCAGUCUGAGGGACGUGUUCCAGCUGUACUGCGGCCUGAGUCCAGGAACCACAGUCAGAGACCUUUGUUCUCGUUACUCACAGCAGCUUCAAAGGGUUGAUGAGAGGAGACUGAUCCAGUUUGGACUGAUGAAGUCCCUUAUUCGACGACUGCAGAAAUAUCCGGUGAAGGUGAUCCGCGAUGAGAGGAGCAGGCCGCCUCGACUCUAUACUGGUUGUCACAGUUAUGAUGAGAUCUGCUGCAAAACAGGGAUCAGUUACCAGGAGCUGGACGAACGUCUGGAAAACGAUCCCAACAUCGUGGUGUGCUGGAAGUGACACGAGCUGAAAACAGAGCAGCAGCCAUCAGACUGAGAGACACAGAGAUGCCUUAACCACAGAUGCCUUCUUUGAGAGGAGCAACAGUGAAAAUUGUUGAAGUAGUAUUUUGUAUUUUUUAUGUGAGAUUAGUGUGUUGUUUUU